UUCCGCCAUCUUCUGAACUGGCAGUCACUUGUGGAGAAUUCUUCGCUCCCUCGAUCACCACCAGAGGGUGAUAGGCAGAAUUGGACCGUGUGAAAAUAGAGAACACUUUUUAAAAAAUCGAGUUAAUCAGUGCACUUGCUACUAGAAACCGUAACGUUACUGCGCGAAGGUUGAAUUUAGCCCUUCGACGAAUCGGAUCAAAUGGUCCAAGAAUGUUUCCUGUUUUUAAAAUCAUGGGCAGGCUGCUGAAACGUGUGUUCCACCUUACAACUUAUGGAGGAAUGCAUUCAAGGGGAAUGACAGCCAGGAGGGGGACAGGGUAUCAGCAAGCGAACGUGGUGAUCCUGCAUAAGAGUCUAGCAGAUGACUUUGAGGCGUUUUGCCAGGCUAACAGCGGCCCCCUUCCCCUGCUGUACCGCAGUCAGCCUGGGGAGUGGGCCUGCCCCCCUCUCGCUAAAGACUCCGACAUCAGAACGGACUGUCCCCAGUACUGCGUGUUUGAGAAUGGCCGCCUCACGGCUGAGGUGCCCAGCCUGUCGGCCUUCACGCAGCAGAUGCAGGACAUGGUCUCCUUCUACCUUGGCUGCAGCUUCAGUGUCCAGCAGGACCUGAGGGCCGCGGGCGUCCCCAUCCGAAAUGUGGAGCAGAGCCGCAACGUCAGCAUGUUCAGGACCUCCUUGCCGUGCCGUGGAGUGGGUGUGUUCCGGUGCCCCAUGGUGGUGUCGAUGCUGCCGGUUCCAGAGGGGAAGCUGGAGGCCGCAGCGCAGGUCUCACACUUGGCCCCCACAGCCCACGGGGCUCCCAUCCACAUCGGGGACACAGCUCUGAUCGGGAUCCAGGACGUGUCCCGGCCGGAGUACGGCGAGGCGGUCGACCCUGCCCCCGGCGACGUCCCUGUGUUCUGGGCCUGUGGGGUGACAGGAGUGGAAGCGGUGCAGAGCGCCAAAUCCCCACUGGCGUUCACCCACUCACCUGGCUGCAUGUUCCUCAGUGACAGAGAGAGCGCACCUGCUGCAGUGACCUCCGACCCCGAACAACGCCCCAUGGCUUACAGCAUAUCCCAGCAGCCCUUGCACUACAGCUUGGCGUCCAAGGCAACUGUCCAGCGGAUACAAACCCUAGAGCAGAUCAUUGGGGAGGAUCCAGGGGAGCGGGGGAUCCGAGCCCUGUUCGUCCAGGACGAGCUCCUGAAGUCCUGCCUGUCCCUGUCCCACGCCUCUUCCGUCCUCAUCACCACCGGCUUCCCCACCCACUUCAUGCACACCCCCCCGGAGGAGACCGACGGCCCCCCUGGGGCCCUCGCCAUGGCGGCGGCCCUCCAGGCCCUGGGGAAGGAGGUCGCCAUGGUGGUAGACCACCGCGCCCUGGAGAUGAACGCCGGCAUCAUGGAGGAUGCCGUGGAGAAAGGUGUGAUGAAGACGGCGGUCCCUUUGCUCAGCUUCCAGAACCCGGGCCAGGAAUCUGCGCUCCAGUUUUUGUGUCAGGACGGAGACCCAAAAAGGCCCAGGUUUGACCACUUGGUGGCAAUAGAGCGCAGCGGGCGAGCGGCUGAUGGGAACUACUACAACAUGAGAGGAGUCAAUAUUAAGCAUCUGCUGGACCCCAUUGACGACCUGUUCACUACAGCAAGCACAAUCGCGGGGAUCACCACCACCGGGAUCGGGGAUGGGGGGAACGAGCUGGGCAUGGGCAAGGUGAAGGAGGCCGUGAGGACGCACAUGCCCAACGGAGGCCUCGUCGCCUGCGACGUUGCGGCUGACUUCGCUAUCACUGCAGGUGUGUCUAACUGGGGGGGCUACGCGGUAGCAUACUCCCUCUACCUCCUCAACAUCUGCCCCAUCCACUAGCGCUACCUACGUCGAGGCGUGGGCUACCCCCCAAACCCCCACAAGCUCAGUGACUGGGCUGCCAGCCUGCCGACUGUUGCCAAGGAGGAGCAGUUCCUGGCCAUCCUGAUGAAGUACGGGAUACGCAGCGGUAAGACCGGAAACCUGGCGAUGGAGGUGGACGCCCUGCCCUUCCACCCCACCCACUCCACACUGAUCCAACGGCUGAGCGAUGUCACUCUAAAGCCCCACCCACCACUGGCCUGACCUCUUUCCCCUACUAAUCAAACCAAAAAGACGUGCCUUUCAAUCAUUGACUAGUCAGAUUGCUUGUUUUGAAUUAAUCUCCUUUUAAAUGCCCUAAAGUCUUGCACUGCCGAUCUGAGCCCUCCGGGGGAAAAAAAAAAGCAAGCACCGGUCCCCAAACACUCUGACGGCCAUUUUAGCCCAUUCACUCGACUCGCACUGUGACAGGAAUCUUAACCAACCAUCAUUCACACUUGCCUGCAGAGCUCUAACUUCCUCCUCAUGAAUCCGUCCAAAAUUAGCCUCCAUGCCACAGCAGGGAGGAGAUAAGGCCAAAAAAACAAAAGUGCAUGCCAGGGUUACUGCUGGUUCCCCUCGCUUCUUAUAUUUCGAGUGUCCUUGGUCAUGGACGGUUGCACAAAAUCAUGAGCCAUUUUCCCCUGCUGAAAAGCUGGUGAAGCAUAUUCUACUCCUCUCCUGAUAGAAAUCACAUUUCAACUAAAGUUGUGAAUCAGUCAAGUUAAAUGGACUGAACAAAAAGCAAGCUACUGUUAUGCAAGUUCAGCAGUACAUUAGAAACCGAGUACAUAAAAAUGUGUGGCCUGUAUGCGUUUCAUUACCAAUCAUUAGUGGUGACAACAUAUUCACUUAUGCCAUCACAUGUCUUAUGGCUGAUUGAUUAAGCCAUUUCUCAUAAAAUUGUUUUUGAGCUGAACAACAUUUGUCUGCACUGAGAUGUACCUCUCUCUUUGGAGAGAAAUUAAGGGAUUAAAAAUAAAUACUGAAACAGAA